AUGGGAGAAUUCAAUGUGGAGAAUUUCAAUAUUGAAUAUUUCUUCAGUGGCGAUAUCGAGAAUUACAAUUAUAGCUCUGACCUGCCCCCCAUUCUACCAGAUGCUGCCCCAUGCUACUCAAAGAAUGUAGAAAUCAACAGAUAUGCCGUAGUUAUCAUAUAUGUCCUGGUAACCCUGCUGAGCCUUGUGGGAAACUCCCUGGUGAUGCUGGUCAUCUUAUACAACCGGAGUUCCUGCUCUGUCACUGACGUCUACCUGCUGAACCUCGCCAUUGCCGACCUGCUCUUUGCUCUGACCUUGCCUGUCUGGGCUGCGUCCAAGGUAAAUGGCUGGACUUUCGGCAUACCCAUGUGCAAGAUAUUCUCAUUCGUGAAGGAAGUCACCUUCUACAGCAGUGUCCUGUUACUAGCCUGUAUCAGCAUGGACCGCUACCUGGCCAUCGUUCAUGCCACAAGCACACUGAUCCAGAAGAGACAUUUGGUCAAGUUUGUAUGCAUAACCAUGUGGAUACUGUCCAUAUUUGUGUCCCUGCCCAUCUUAAUUCUGCGUAGUACCGUUAGGGCAAACUCUUUAACGCUAGUCUGCUAUGAAGACGCAGGUAACAACACAACCAAGUGGAGGAUGGUAUUGCGCUUCCUGCCUCAGACCUUUGGCUUCCUCCUGCCGCUGCUGAUCAUGCUGUUCUGCUACGGGUUCACACUGCGCACGCUCUUUAAGGCCCACAUGGGGCAGAAGCACCGUGCCAUGCGGGUCAUUUUUGCUGUUGUGCUUGUCUUUCUGCUCUGCUGGCUGCCCCACAACCUGGUCCUGUUCGCAGACACCCUCAUGAGGACCAAACAGAUCCAGGAGACUUGUGAGCGCCGCGAAGACAUUGACAGGGCCUUGAAUGCUACCGAAAUUCUUGGCUUCCUGCACAGCUGCCUUAACCCCAUCAUCUAUGCAUUUAUUGGCCAGAAGUUUCGCUAUGGACUCCUCAAGAUCAUGGCUACUCACGGCCUUAUCAGCAAGGAGUUCUUGGCCAAGGAGGGCAGGCCUUCAUUUGCUGGCUCAUCUUCAGGGAACACCUCCACUACCCUCUAAGCCUGUCCACCUACACUGUGGCCCUUUAGGGUUCUUUCUUGUCCUUCAGCAUGGCUCACGUACACAGACUGUGGUAUCUGAAUUGACUCACCCACAUGUAUUUCAAAGUUACAGGGAGACAGAGGCCACAUUCUUACCAGAGCCCCCACUGCAGAGUUUAGAACCCCU